AGGGAACAGUUGUAGACUUAUAGAUGGUUGAUACUUGAGAGGUUUUCAUUUUUCAAACGAUUUGGCAAAAAAAGUUUUUUUGUUACGUUUUGUUGAGUUGCCGCCUUUAGUGUAGCAUAUGUAUUUACCUAGUACUGACCAAAAUUCAAAUCAUCAGUAUCUUUUCUAAUAAUGAUUUAGUCGUUAAUAGGGGGAGUUAUAUUGCUAGCUUUACGAUUAAGCCAAACAACCCCAUUUAUUCUUCAUCACUUUCUAUAAACACUUAAAUUUUAUGCCAGAUUUUCAGCAGCUCUUUAACACUGGCAAUUUCCAUCUACAAAGUUUUCAUUUUUAUGGUUCUAAACAUCAUGGAUAAACCUGGUGUGAAAAGAUUGGCUUUACCAAGAAGCCGGGUCCCAUCAAAUAGUUCUACUCCAAGUGGAAUAUCAAGACGAGGCACUUCCACCCCAACUGGAAGCUCAAAUAAAAAUAGAAGUUGUAACUAUUCUCCAAUAACUAACCUGGACUUUUCAAAAUCAUCAGCAGGAUCAACUGAUAAACCAGAACCUAAACUUCUUAAACCUCUUGGGCCUGCAUUUCCACAGAGCUCAACAGAAAAAAAAUCUCUCUCCAAACCAAAACUUUCUAUUGAAGAGCAAUCUACACUGCUGUACAUGACCUAUCAACAGCAACAUUUUCUAAAUAAUCAACUUGAAGAAUCUAAAGAAAGUGUAUUAGCAGACUGCAAGAAACAGAUAGAAGACCUAUGGCAUUUGAUUAAGAUUAAGGAAAGUAAGAUCACACAAAUAAAGGAAAGAAUGAAAUUGGAAAAAUUGCAUUUGCAGCUAACUUCUCAUGUGAAGGAAAUACAGCCAGUUGUGAAGCAAACAGCAGACGUACUUGACGCUGUAACCCCUAAAGUCAAAGAGCUAGCGCAAGGAUUGGACACUUAUCGACAUCAAAUCAAAUUAGUUGAGAUUAAUGAAUUCAAAAAUGAAGAUGCGGAUGAAUUGAUCCGUUCAUUUGAAAUGAACGCCAUUCUUUGCAAGGAAGUUGAAACAGAAAAACUGCACGAAGUAAUGAAAACGGCGCACAUUGUGUCAGAGGUUGACAGGAGAACUUCAAGCCAAAUCAAGAUGAUGGAAGAGGUUCAACGCAUGAACUUCCAAGCGAUAACGCGACUCGGACAAGAAAUUACCCUGAGCGAAGGAAAAAAGAAUUACAAGAAACUAUGCGAUUUCGAUGUGUGAACGUGCAACAUGGAAAAGGAUUGUCAAGAAAACCGUCAUUUGUUCUAUGUUUCAGAGAACAAAACCUGCACAUUGGUUUUUUCGUCUUCGUUAGAGAUUGGUUGUUGGCAUUUUAAUUUAAUAAUAAAGGCUAAUUCGGUACGGUC